AUGGCGAUCGGGGUGGUGGUUGCGGUCCUCGUCGCCCUGAUCCUCCCGUUCGUGUUUCCGAGGUACCUCAAGACAAACCGCGCCAAGGUGCAGAUCUUCGACAACACCCGCGCCAUCGUGUUUGACUCGUUUGAGAUUUUGCUGGUACAGCUACGGGCGUAUGUGGACGACCAGGAGUACAGGAGACGGCUAUUGGGGGCGAUCGAGAUGAACGAUGGCACGCCGGAUGAGGGGGAUGAAAAUGAAUACGAUGGCGAUAGAAGCACAGUCGGGCUGGAAGUUGAUAUUAAUGCCGGAAGUUCAUCUUCCACAACGGGAACGACGGCGACGCCGACCAUAAUUUGUUCCCCGCCAGCCGCCGGCCCGCAAAGUACAAGUAGAUUUGGUUUUGGUCCCGUGGGCGAAAAUUUGGAAGUUGGCCAGCACGACGGAUCAGGUGGACGAAGUAGCCCUAGUGGUCGCAACAUUUUUGCCAGUACAACUAGCCCGCACCCGCGGGGAUCACCAAGAGCAGACGCCGGAAUAAUAAACCGAUCUUCGAACCUAUUGCUGUAUCCCGGCGGAGGUGCUGACCAAUCGAGGACGCGGGUUUACUCCAUCACGUCCUCAGGAUUGGUAUCGUCUGGUGGAGACACUGUGCGUGACGGCGACGACGAGGACUCUCUUCACGGUCGGGAAAUGUUCAACGAAAGAGUGCAAGAGGAUGCUCGGGGCGGGCUACUUCAUGCAGGAACAACCGGAGCUUUUGCACUUUCUGCAGGUGGUACUAGUGGUGGCGAGAGGAUGAACAGCGGGGGUGGUGAUAGGGGCACCUCCGGAUUUUUAGCCAGAUUCGGCUCCUCGUCGUCUUCGCGAC